AUGUCUCAAUACAUCGGGAAGACAAUUUCUCUUAUUUCUAAUAAGGGACUUCGUUAUGUUGGUCUUUUAGAAAACAUCAAUGCUGAUGAUGCCACUGUUGCUUUGAAAUCAGUGAGAUUAUUUGGUACCGAAGGUCGUAUGGCCGCCAUGGGACAACCACAUUUGGAAGUUUCUCCAGGUGUUGAUGUUUAUGAUUAUGUUGUUUUCAGAGGAUCUGAUGUUAAAGAUUUAUCUGUUUUGGAUACACCUAUUGAUGAAGUCAAACCAAACAUUUAUCGCCCACCUCAACAACAACAACAACAACCAACACCAACUACUGGUCAAUAUUAUAGUGGCCCUCCAUCUACCACUACGGCUAAUGGUGCUCCUCAAACUCAAGCACCAGUAACUACCACCACUGCUACUAGUGCACAAUCUCCAGUUCAAAGCAGUGUUUCACAAACUACCAAUGUCCCAGCAGCUUCACCAGGUCAAGUUGCACAAGCGCCUGUUGAAACAGGUAUUCCAGAAGCACCACAAGUACAAAAUCCAGCUCCAACUAGAACUAUUGAUGAAGAACCUUUAACCAAGACUGUUUCAGAAAACAAACCUGCUGAUGCUCAACCAGGAUCUGUUCCUCAACCUGCCGCAACUCAAAAACCAAGAAGAGAAUCUAAAUUGGAUAUUCCACCUGAAGAAUUUGAUUUUGAACAAGCAAAUGCCAAAUUUUCCAAAGAAUUGGAACAAGAACGUGAAUUAGAACAUACUGGAUACAACAAGAGUUCAUCAUUUUUCGAUAAUAUUUCAUCAUCUACCGAAGAAAGAACCAAUAUGAGAUGGUCUGAAGAAAGAAAUUUGAAUAUGGACACUUUUGGUGAAGCUUCUUUGCAAAGAGGCGGAAGAGGUGGCAGAGGUGGAAGAGGAAGAGGUGGUAGAGGUAAUUGGAGAGGUAGAGGUGGUAAUUAUCGUGGUAGAGGAAAUGGAAACUGGAGAGGUGGAAACAACAAUAGAGGAAGAAAUAGUGAUUACAACACUAAACCAGAAUGGGCAUAG